CCACCUGCUGCCACUGACCGGCCAAUACAGAUUAAAGAUGGCGCCCUCUCGUACUCUGAGGUGCUGCAAACGGGCUCUUAACUGGAUACCUGUCUUAUUUAUUAACCUGGUCGUUGGCUGGUCGUACUACGCUUAUGUUGUGGAGCUUUGUGUUUAUACAAUCACAAACAAUGCAGAGAGAAUCAGCUACCUGGUCAUAUUCCACAUUUUCUUCUUCAUGUUCAUAUGGUCUUACUGGAAGACCAUCUGCACCAGACCUGCCGAACCAUCGAAAGUGCACUAUAAUUUCUUGUACUGUCAGUUCGCCCUGCCGAGAGCGGAGAAAGACCAGUUUGAAAGGGAAGAGCAAGCGGAGAUGCAACAGGAAAUUCUGAAGAAGGUGGCGAGGAAUUUACCCGUCUACACACGCACAGCGGGAGGAGUCAUCCGAUACUGUGGCCUCUGCCAGGUGAUCAAACCUGACCGCUGCCAUCAUUGUUCAACCUGUGAGAUGUGUGUGCUCAAAAUGGACCAUCAUUGUCCCUGGGUGAAUAACUGUGUCGGCUUCUCCAACUACAAGUUUUUUGUCUUAUUUUUGGCCUAUGCUUCACUUUACUGUGGCGUGAUAUGUGCUACAGUUGUUCAGUACUUCAUCAAAUUCUGGUCUAAACAUCUUCCCAACACGCAUGCCAAAUUCCACAUAUUGUUCCUUUUCUUUGUGGCAGCGCUGUUUUUCAUCAGCAUUCUGUCACUCUUCAGCUACCACUUCUGGCUCGUAGGCAAGAACAGGACCACCAUAGAGGCUUUUCGGGCCCCGGUGUUUUUAAAAGGACCGGACAAAAACGGAUUUUCUCUCGGCUUCAAGCGCAACGUCGCCGAGGUUUUUGGGGAUGAAGCGAAGCACUUCAUAUUCCCUAUUUUUUCCAGUCUGGGGGACGGGCAUUCUUUUGUAACCAGAUUGGUACACAUCGAUCCUGAACAGGCAAACGGCGUCUUGCAACAAAAUGGCAAAAGUCUUUCUAAUGAGGAAAUAAACCCGAAUGGGCUGACCAACGAUACACAACACAAAGCGGAUGGCAGCAAGGAACAGAAUGGAGGAGUCCAAACCGUGUCCGUGGCCAUGGAAAGUGAGCCAUAGAAGCUGACCUCACAUGUUGCCUUGACCAUCAGCACGUCCACUGAAGCCAUCCUUCAGUCCCGAUCUCUUAAAAAAAAUAUAUAUAUAUAUAUGUACCGGUACUUUACAUUACGCUACUUGGCACUACAAGAGGAAUGUCAUAAACCUUUAGACUGCCGCACUCCGAUCCAGCGGUUUGCAUUAGUUGUUGUCGAAAAACAUGACCAACAAAAUGGUCAUGCUUUUACUCUCCAAGCCAGUGUGUAUAUUUUACUUCACUAAUUCAUUGACAUGCUAUUCAGUAUUUUUCUAGCCUCCUCAACUACGUCUCACGUUAGUUAAGCCUCCGUACGCACUGAGAGAUGAACGCUGCCAACCCCACGUGCAAUACGUCCAAGGAGAUUCAGCAUAGUGAAUCGCUUUUUAUUUUUAUUUUUUGUCACGCGUAAAAGUAUCCUGGUGAUUUAAGCUUCACGUGUGAGAACUAAAUCAAAUUUAACUCGAUGAAACUAUGAUACCAAGUGUCGAUUCACUUUUGACACAUAUGUACUUACUUCCACUGCACUAUCAAUUUGUGUAAAUGACUUCCUAGUACUGUUUGUAACCAUAAAUAUAAAGCACAAAGUGUUGAUUUUA